GAAAGCGGCGCCCCGGCACUUAAGGGACGCUGAGGGGUGGUGGCUUGCUCCGCUAUGGACGCGGCCGAGGUGGAGUUUCUGGCGGAGAAGGAGUUGGUGACCAUUAUCCCGAACUUCAGUCUGGACAAGAUCUACCUCAUCGGGGGGGACCUGGGGCCCUUUAACCCUGGCCUGCCGGUGCAAGUGCCUCUGUGGCUGGCGAUUAACCUGAAGCAAAGACAGAAGUGCCGGCUGCUUCCCCCGGAGUGGAUGGAUGUGGAAAAGUUGGAGAAGAUUAGGGAUCAUGAACGAAUGGAAGAAACUUUUACCCCUAUGCCUAGCCCUUACUACAUGGAACUGACCAAACUCCUGUUAAAUCAUGCUUCAGACAACAUUCCAAAAGCAGAUGAGAUCCGCACCCUGAUCAAGGAUGUGUGGGACACUCGCAUAGCCAAGCUCCGGGUGUCUGCUGACAGCUUUGUGAGGCAGCAGGAGGCACAUGCGAAGCUGGAUAAUUUGACCUUGAUGGAGAUCAACACCAGCGGGGCAUUCCUCACACAAGCUCUCAAUCACAUGUACAAACUCCGUACAAACCUGCAACCUUCUGAAAGUGCCCAGUCUCAGGACUUCUAGAGAAUGACCUUUGAUUUGUAAAGGCCUUGUGUCUGCUGGCAUGAGGCUUCCCGGGUAAUGUGUGAGUGCUCAGGACAUGACAGAGGUACUCAGUGCUGGGUUUCUAGAACCAUUUGAAUGUAAGAAAAACGUGCAAUGAAGCAAGGAAUGGAUUCAUAACAUUGUUGGAAAGCAACAGGUUAUGCUUAGUUCUUAAGAUAUUCAUUAAUUCCACAUCUGUCUCUAGAGGCCAACUGCUCCUUUAUGGAGGAAAGAAAAAGCUUCAGCAAACAAGCCAUUCUCCCUAGCACGGUCUCAGGUCUCCUGCACGGAACUGUUACGUGUGGGUGAGUGUUCAGUGAUGUUCAUGUUGCUUUGAAAAAUCAGAGAUACAAAUGGUGAUGUGGCCCUAGGACUUUGUUGUUUUGAUAUGGAUCUUUUUGGCUGAAUUUAAAUCUAGAGAUUGCUCACAUAGAGGAGGAUGGCAGAUGGUGGCUUGUGAUGCCGACUGGGGUUGAUCUCAGCCAGGGGUGGGAAACCUUUUUUCUGCCAAGGGCCGUUUGAAUAUUUAUAACAUCAUCUGCAGGCCAUACAAAAUUAUCAACUUAAAAAUCAGCCUGCUAUAUUUGGUCAAACAUUUUAAUUAACACCCCUAAUGCCUUGGUAGGGCCAGACCAAAUGAUUUUGAGUGCCUUAUAAGGCCCACAGGCUAGAUGUUCCCCACCCCUGAUACAGAAUAAAGAUGGCAUCAACCCAAUCUGUUGGGUUUAUUUUUUCCUGCUUAAGCCAUGUGGCUAAAAUGAUAAUGAUAGACCAAACUGAGGUGUGUAGCAGGUUGUAAACUUCAAACACUCUGGUUGUCUCUUGUUAUCUUUGCUACUUCUGGUUACAGUUUAAAGGGUUGCUUUUAAAACUAACCAUGUUAUUUGAGUAUGUGAGUGAAGCACAGUGCUAAGAAAAGUUGGACCUAUAACACUGCUCUUGAUGGGUUUUAGGGUAAGAUGGUCAUAGGUAGCAGUGGCUCAAAGAAGGGUAAAUUCUAAGAGAAAAAAAUUCAAAUAUAGCGUUUUGGAAUUGCUAAAUUGCUCAUAGAAAUUUUAUUGCCCUGAAAGGGGAAAAGAUUGUCUAGAGCAGCAAUUUUCAACCCUUUUCAUUUCAUGGCACACAUAAACACAUAAUUACUAAAAUUCUACGGCACACCAAAAAAAAAACUAUCUUUUGCCAAUCUGACCAAAAAGAAUAGGUGUAAUUUUGAUUCAUUCACACUGUUGACAGCUAUUGUGUUGGCUACUGCCAUUUUUUAUUUGACAAUCUAAGGGAAAAGAGGUCAGUGCCCCUGACUAAAUAGUCAGGUAUUCCAUGUUUAAAAAAAUGCUUGUGGCACACUGGUUGAAAAUCGCUGGUCUAGAAUCAUACAGUGAGUGGCAGUUUCUGUAACCUGGUGGUUUUCGACUGUCACAUGCUAUCUCAAGGGCUUUUUGAAGAGUGUAUGUGAUCAGCUGAGCCUGGAAGAGACCUGCUGGUAUCUGCUCUUCAGUGUUUAAAGUCCAAACUUACUUCAGGUUUCUCCAUUCCACUUGCUAUCCAUCUAGAUGUCCCUCCAACAAGCAGCUGAUGGUUGUUUGAACACUGAAGGGCCAGGCACAGAGGGAUUAGGAUACAGAAGACUUGUUUUUAUCAGUUAAGGUGACUGUUAAGAGCAGUGGUUGACAACCGGUGGUCUGUGAGGUCUGGAAGGUUGGCAACGCUGGCUUAGAGGACCGCUUUCAUAUGACAGGACUUGCCUUUUCUUGUCACUUUUACUCGGAGUCCUUCAGAUUUUAAUCCGGGGAAUCUUCUUGAAUGAAGCCACCUUAUUGUGAAGGGUCAGGAAUCCUGUGUAGCUCAGAUCAGCCCCUAAUACCUUUCUCCUAAAACCUGACUGAGGUACAUUGGAUCUGUCUUCACAUUUUACCUGUAAAGCUGUAUAGUUGUUGAGCAUUAAAAAAAAAAAA